GAGAAGAGAGAAGAGAGAAGAGAGAAGAGAGAAGAGAGAAGAGAGAAGGCAUGUGAAGAGUGCCGCUGCAAAAAACAGAGAGGGACAUAUGAUAAAGAUCUUCGUCUUCCUCCAUACUAUCAACCCUUCUCCAACUCAGUGACUCAGUUUCAUUACAAUAUUAUAGGGCCCUAUGUACCCCACUCAGUGACUCUUGAUUUGGUGAACUCAUUUUGUCAACAGUGCGAUAAGAAGAAGAAUGCAUCCACUGGUUAUGGAAUUCAACUGAAAAAAAUUGCAUCUUGGGGUGUUACGAUGCUUUGUUUAAAGCCUGAAGCUUUGGAUGAAGACUAUCAUCCUCAAAGUCCUGACGGGAAUGGACAUUGCAAUGGUGGUAACAAUGGUGGUUUCAUUCUACCAAAUAACUGGGGAAGUUCUAUUAAUAAAUAUUUGCAAUGGAAAACUGGUAGGGUUUCGAGCAAGUCAUUUUCAGCAGGGGAUGACUCUUGUUCUAAGUUGGAGGAUGCUGCUAAGCCCCAGAUGUGUAAUUAUAGAUACCAGCUUGAGCAAGAAGUUAAAAAGUUGCAGCAGCAGUUGCAGGAAGAGACAGAUUUGCACUUGGCUCUAGCAAGUGCCGCCAAACACUGUGGUUCGCCUUCUACUAGUUCUCCAGGAAAGCUUCCGAAUAAGGCACAGGAGCUUUUAGACAGCAUAGCUGUUCUCGAGAUCACUGUAUCAAAGCUUGAGCAGGAAUUUGUUUCUUUACAAUAUCAGCUUAGUCAGGAGAGGAAUGAACGACGUCUUUCUGAGUACCAUUUAAAGCAUUUGCCGUGUCAUUCAACAUCACUUUUUGAUACCUCUCUGGAUUACUUAACCGAAUCAAUUGCAAGGAUUUGCAAUGAAGAGGGAGCAGAAGAAAACACGGAUGAUAUGCCUCUGCCAGAGGCUUUUAUAGAUAACAACUAUAUCGUGGAGAACCUUUGGCAUCACCGCAACCAGCUAUCGGAAGAAAUGGUCCUGCAUAUGAGAGAUAUUUUCAUUUUCUUAGCAGAUUCAUCCAAGCUCUCUUCUUUGUCGGCUUCUCCCGCUUCACCUCAUUGUCCCCUUGCCAAUUUUUUGGCAUCUUCCUUGGACUCACCCAUUGUGACUUCCUUUGUAAGCAGUCCCCAGGGAGGUGGUGCAUAUGAUCCAUACAAAGUCUCCGACAAAGUUGACUGGACAUGUAAUAUCGGGGCUUACAACAAAGCAAUUGAAGUCUCAUGGUUGUCUGUUGGGAAGAAAGAACUUGAAUAUGCUGCUACAGCUCUAAAAAGAUUCAGAUUACUUGUUGAGCAGUUGUCCAUGGUGGAUCCAACUCAAAUGAGUUACAAUGAGAAACUGGCAUUUUGGAUUAACCUUUAUAAUGCUUUGAUUAUGCAUGCAUAUUUAGCAUAUGGAGUUCCGAGAGAUGAAAUCAAACUAUUCUCUCUGAUGCAAAAGGCUGCCUACACCGUUGGAGGUCUCUCAGUGAGUGCAGCUGACAUUGAAUGCAUUGUUCUAAAGAUGAAUCCGGCUACUUAUCGGCCACAAAUUGCUGUGGUUUUUGCGCUUCAGAAACUCAAGGCUUAUGUUGAACUGCAGAAGUAUAUGAUUGAUCAUCCCGAGCCUCUGGUUCAUUUUGCUUUGAGUUGUGGGUUGCAUUCUUCACCAGCGGUGAGGAUUUUCAGGCCUGAAAACACGAACGAGUUGCUAAAACGAUCGAUGAAAGAUUACAUCCAGGCAUCCGUUGGCAUCAGUAACAAAGGGAAACUGUUGGUGCCGAAAUUGUUGCAUUGCUUCGCCAAAGGAACCGUGGAAGACUCGGUUUUACCCGAAUGGAUUUGUCAGUUCUUAUCACCACAACAAGCUUCCAUGGCUAGGAGCUGUGUAUCGGGUAAUAAGUGGAGGCUCCUAGGUGCUCGAGUCUUCUCCGUCCUAGCGUUCGAUUCUAGGUUCAGGUUUCUCUUCCUUUUGGAUGAUAAGACCAGCCACCCUUCAAAAUCUUCAACACAACAGCGUUAUCCGCAUCUUAUUGUAUAGCAGCAAGUUGCUGAUGGUAAAGAUUUACCUACGUGAACUCAUUGUAGGGUUAC